UCACAGGGUCAGGGGCGAGGCCAGCGGGGGCCAAGAUGGCGCUGAACAGGAACCACUCGCAGGAGGGUGUUGUCGUCAUUCCCAAUGCCGAGAGUGUUCUCAAACAGUGUAAAGAUGUGGAGCUCUCCUUCAGUGACAUGACAGGCAAGCCGGAAGCCUUCAAAGGCACCAAGAAAGGGAUGCUGUAUCUCACCCCUUACAGGAUGAUCUUUGUGUCGAAGGGCAAGGAUCCUAUGCUGUCUUUCAUGAUGCCGUUUUAUUUGGUGAAGGGAUGCUCAAUCGAGCAGCCUAUUUUGUCUGCAAAUUACAUCAGAGGACAGAUUCAGGCUGAGGCAGGAGGUGGCUGGGAAGGGCAGGGGACAUUUAAACUAACUUUCAACAGUGGAGGAGCCAUUGAGUUUGGACAGCUGAUGUUCAAAGCUGCUUCUAGUGCUUCCAGUGGCAUUCAUCUCCAGAACCCUGGCUUUGGCUAUACACCUGUGCCUGGAGGGUAUGCACCUGCUCCACCUGCUCCAGGGGGUUAUUCACCUUUGCCAGGGGGUUAUGGUGUUCCUCCACAACCAAAUGGACAAUAUCCUUAUGCACCACCUCCGAUGAAUGCCUAUGGACCUGCCCCACAGCCUGCAGGAUACCCAUAUGCCCAGACUCCAGGUAUUUACCCACCACUUCCAAACAUGAACUCCAUGUAUGUGCCGCCUCCUCCCCCCUACUGUGGGCCACCUCCUGCAGGACCCUCAGCUCCCCCAGCCUGGGUGGGCCCGGGCAUGCCAGGGGACAGUAAGGCCAUGGAAGCUGCCUCCAGUGCAUACUACAACCCUGCCAACCCACACAAUGUGUACAUGCCCAUGGAUCAGCCACCUCCUUAUGCACCUCCUGAGGAUAAGAAGAACAACUAACAGAAGGAAAUUGCUGCCAGCCUCCCACAGUCUCUCUCUCCCUGAAGACAACGUGGCUGUCACUACCCCUCGGGUUAGCGUAUCUCUAGGUCUCUUUGUAUAUAUACAGUAUAUGUAGUGCUGGGCAGCUGAGCACCUGACCCUCCUUAAACAUUAAGUCAGUGGCAAUACAAGGUGGAACAACAGCAUUUUCCUGCUUGUUUGCUUUAUCUCAUGGGGUCGAAGCACUAACUUUUUGCUCUGCCAUUCGGCUUGAGGAGAGAGAUGGACAACUUGUUAAACCACCAGUAAGACCAUAUCACUAAUCUAGGACUAAAAUAUGAAGGCUCUGGGAUCUUGGAGUAAAAAUACUUGGAAUGCCAAACUUCUGACCUCUUUUGAAGCACCAUCCAAGGGGAAAGGUAUAAGAGAGCCAUGAGGUUCCUUUCAUAGACCCUUGGGUACCCCAGAAAGGUGUUGAAUUUCCUCAAAUUCUGUCACAGCUCAGCGUGAGAUGGGACUCUGGAAAUCCUGUUUCGUGCUGGAAGCGAGUGUUUCAUGUCCUGGUCUAACAGUCAUGGCGUGAUGAUUUUGGAAGUGGAUCCUAAGAGACAUUGAAGCUUUUGGCUGUGCAAGAGGUAGGGGGAUGGGCCCCGGCCAGCCUGCCUUUGAAGGCAUGGAAUAGAAAAGCAAACAAAGGUGUGCUGCAGGGCAGGGAGCUGAUAUCCGCAGGCCUGCAAAUCAGUGGUCCUUUCCCUCUCCUAGAAGCAGGUGGUCCCAUAUCCCUGCAAUGAUCCUGUGUCAAGCAGGCAUUCUUUAAGUCUAAUGGAGUCAAAUGGUGCUCAGGAGGCUCCUGGCAAAAUGUGUUACGUGAGGAGCAUGACCUGGCACUGCCUUUUCCCGGAGAUGGUCCCGCAGCCCUGGCUCCCUCUGCUGAGAGAGCUUGUGCUGCGUGCCAGCUCCACAGGGGAAAAACGGCCUCUUCCUUGGGCCACUGCAGCGUGGGUGCCCACAUCAGCAGCGUGGGUGGGGGGUGGGUGGACACUGGAAUACUGGAAUUGUGCUGUUUAGGGGGAGCAGUGCCCUCUUUCAGCUGGCAACCACUGCCUGGUGCGUGUGUUACUAACACUCAGGUCUCCUGCAGAGACCGGCUGCUCAGCCACAACCUUUCCUUCUUCCAUAGGACGUAGUGCCAUUAAACCUGCUUUGAAGAGAGUCUCUCUGGUCUAGGGGAGACCCUGGUGAUCCUUUAUAUAUAUAUGGGGAGAUGGCACUUCUUCCUGCCUUCAUGGUGAAGGGGAAGGAGUGCUUUCCCUCUUCCCUGAAUUCCAGGGUUCUCCCACAAGUCAGGCAUUCCUGACUUGAAUUGUGGAUUCCUAAAGGAGCUGUGUGUACGGGGAAGUAAAUUUCCUUAUCUAUAAAUACCUUUUGAGUCUGAUUUAGAAAUAUUCUAAUAAUUGUAUUUAAAACAAAAACACAAAUGUUUCUAAUUUUUUGAAUUGCACUUUAAUACAGGAGUGUUGCUACCUUUA